GGGAUAAUAUAUCUCAACAACUGAUAUUCAUAUUUAUAUUUGAUAACAAUUCGAAUCAAAUUUAGUAUUCUUGUUUGUAUUUAUAUUUGAAUAUUUCAAAUUUGAAUCGUCUUAUACGAAUUCGAAUCCCGAAUUAAUCAUAAAUGAUUUGAUUCGUAUAUAACCCUACCGGCAGAGUUGAACACAAUCAUGAUCAUGUAUAUAGGGUCCAGAAACUAAAAAUAGGGUCUGGUUACAAAAAAACAAGUAGGGCCCUCCGUGCAAAGUGCAAACAUCUCUAGUUUUGAGCAUUUGAGGAGCACUAUUGUAUUGAGAAGUUUUCGGUCAUUCACUUUUCAUCAUUUACAUACACUAUUACAUACAGGAAGUCUACUUUUCGCAAAGAAUAAAUUUUUUGAUUUAUUUAUAAAACUAUCACCGCAUUUUUAUCCACUUGGCAUUUUUGACAUAUUUAGAACAAUUCGAUCUUAAAUUUGAUGCUCUAGCCUUUUUAUUUGAUCUAAAUUCUAUAUAUACAGUGCGAUUCCAUUUAGAAUAAUGCUUAACGAGAGAACACACACAUUUAAUGUAAUGUGAUGCACAAUAGAUGUCAUCUAUUGCACUUUUAAUUCUACUCAAAUCAAGUCAAUAUUAAAUAUUGUGUGCCAUUUUAAUAAAUACUAUUUUUAAUGCAAAAAAUGCAACGGACAAGUCUCAUUGUGCAUCAUAUUGAGGUAAAUGUGAGUUUUCUCUAAAAAAUAUUCUCAUUUGAUCAUGAGAAUAUAUGCAUGUCCUUUAGAGAGACAAAAUGGUCAACUGUGUAAUCUCAAAGGAGCUAGGGGGUUUAAUGAAAUGUCCAUGCAUUCAAUCACAUGCAUGGAGUUCCUUAAACACCAGAUAAUAAAAUGAAUGAAGAGCCAAAGUACCUACUAUAUGCAUCAUAAAUCUAAUUGGCUCGCAUUUGAUGAUUUUAUGAUACAAUUAGGCAUAUUUAAUCAUCAUCAUUACCCAGUGCCACAAAGGCUCCCACCUACGGUGGGGUAAGGGGAUGUCAGAUGUACGCAGUCUUACCCCUGUACUAAAGCACAGAGAGAUUGUUUCCGGAUGACCCAUAGUGAACAUCGCGUCUAAAAUUGCAUGGACUGACCGCUGCUUCAUAACAAAGAAGCGCAUACAGUUUAUUAGUGAACCAUUUUGCUUUAUUCCAACAUAUUCUCAAUUAGGAAUGUUUAAUAUGACAUUAAAUUGUCCUGCCCAUUACAUGCGCUACUGCAACACAUACCGACUAAAAUGAAACAAUACAUCAGUGUCAAACCUGUCCUAUGAGAGUGGGUGGGAAGUUUAACACUUUAACUGAGUACAUUGUAACUAGAAGCGGUAAUGUAGAUAUGGAGGAGAAGGUGCAAUGCAUGCUGAAAAUGAUAGAACAAGAAGGCGAUUCAUUUGCCAAGAGAGCAGAAAUGUAUUACAAAAGAAGACCAGAGCUCAUAAGCUCUGUUGAAGAAGCUUACCGCGCCUUCCGGGCUUUAGCCGAAAGGUAUAGUCAAAUCACUGCCUUUGAUGAAAUGCUUGCUAGUAACUUGCAGCUUCAUAGUCUUUAGACCCUUACAGUUGUUAUGUACAAAAAUAACAGGCCUAAUCUUGAUACGGAUUAGAAACUUAAACCAAUUCAAAACAUCACCAAAACGAGUUAGGAAUACUGACAAAUCUACUUUCCAUAUUUUAACAGGUAUGAUAAGCUAUCCAAAGACUUGCAUACUGCCAAUCACACCAUCGCUACUGUCAUCCCCGAACAAAUCCAGAUGGUGAUGGAAGAAGACGAAGACGACUUCUGUUCCCCGAAACUUUCCAAAAAUCCACAAGAUUCUCCUAGAUUCCCCAGAGGUUUGUUUAGAUCCAUAAAAUGCUAUGGUAAAGAACAAAAAGGUCAUGCAAAGCUUUUAUGGUUGCUUUUAACUGCCUGGAAAAAUGAUAUCAAAUUUUUAACAUAUACUACCUCCCUCCGUCCCAAAAAAUUGUUCCCGCAUUGACUUGGAUCAGAGUUUAAGAAAGUGGGAAUAAAAUGGAAAUAUAUGGUUGUGGUUGUGUAAGAAAAAGGUAAAUGAAUGUGAGCCACACAAAACUUUCCAAAAGGGGAAAGUGGAACAAUUUUUUGGGACGGCCCAAAAAGGAAACCGGGAACAAUUUUUUGGGACGGAGGGAGUAGUGUAUUUAACUUUCUGAGAUUACAGAGACUUCACUUAUUAAAAAAACAUUAAAAACUAAAAUACAAUAAAUUAAGAGUGUAACGUGCAUAAGGACAAAAAUUGUGCAGGAAAAGAAAAAAAAAAGAGGGGAAAUCUGGAUGAAGAGGUAAAAUAAUUAAAGCUUCCCUGGAAAGAGAAAUAAACAGGGACAAAACAAUAAGGGGAGAGGAAAUACAGGUUAAAAGAAAUUAAAAUGAUGAAAUGGAAGACAACUAAGCAUCAAUAACUUGACUCCAUGAAUUAGUUAGUAAUAACCACGAAGGACAAAUAAUCUGCAAAUUAGUUAGUAAUAACCACUAAAGGGAAGAAUCGGAUCAUUUUUUCAAGUUUAUGGGGUUGAUUACUUGAUUGAGUGCUUUUUUGUAUGAGGGCGUAAUUGCUGGUUUAGCUAUAUUAGAAGUGCCUAUUUGGUAACUUUUCCUUAAUUUUAUUUACAUAUAUUAAUUAUUUAGAUUUGUUAGUCUUCUAUUUAAGGAACACAUACAUAAAGUGAGUACCAACAAAGAUUUAAAAUAAAAAUUUAUUGAGCUUAAGCCCAUUUUCAUUUUCUCAUAUGUGUUUUCAUUCUUAAUUUACAUCCCUAGUAUUUGCGGGUUUCCAAACAGACUCCAAGAAUCUCCAAGAAUCUGGCGGCCCAAAGUUCGCAAAGGCUCCAAAGAAGCCAUUUCAAACCAAGAAUCUUUCCAAUAAUGCAGGAGAUGCCGAUACAAAAGCCAAAUCCCUUGAAGAGAUUGAAAAUCUCCAGAAUGAAAUAAGUUCACUCGAAGCCGUAAAAGAGGUUGUGAGGAAUUCAUACGAACACGGGCUUUCAAAAUAUCAGGAGAUUGAGAAACAAAUAAUGGAAAUGCAGGAGAAACUUUCGCAUCUGCAAAAGGAAUAUGUGGUGACAAUGGAUGUCGAGAAUGAUAAGGCCGGGAACCUAAUAACAGAAACAACACUAAGAUCAUGCCAAGAGAGCUUGGCUCAGUUGCAGGAGAAGCAAGAUAAAUGCUGUAAAGAUUCUAAAGAGGAGACCCAAAAGAUUGAAGAUGCAGACAAGAAACUGAAAUUCCUCAAAUAUGAGUCACUUCAUGAUAAUAAUGACCACACCAUGACAUCUGAAGAUGUAGACUCCAUGGAAAUUCAAACAGUUUCUGAACAAACAACAAAGAUUGAUGAGCUUGUGAACAAGGUACUUCAUCUGGAGAUCACAAUGGCUUCCCAGAUUGCCUUAAUCGAAAGAACAAAAACUGAAUCCAAUGAUCUCCAUGUCAAAAUAAGUAUAUUGGAAGAUGAAAAGGCCAAUCUCACCACGGAUAAACAAAAUCUGUUCGUCAGAGUUGAAGAACUGGAAGAACAAUUGGGGAAGCUUCAGAAUCUACACAGAGAAGUUGAGAAACAAAAUAGAAGUCUUCAAGCUCAACUGGCAGAAGCCCAUUCCUGUUAUGAUCAGUUGUGUGAGAGAUUGAAACCAGAUAACCACACAGUGAAACAUGUAACAUUUGCAGAUGAAAAAGAAUCUAACGGUUCAACACAAGAAAUAGCAGACACAGAAGCACACUGGGAGAAAGAUGAAAAAUUUAACUGGCAGAAGAUGUUGUUAAAUGGAGUGGAGGACAGAGAACAAGUUUUACUCAAAGAGUAUAUCGCAAUUCUCAGAAGCUACAAAGAUCUAAAGAAGAAAUAUGAUGAUAGGGUUGGGGGGUUUGAAAUUGAAUUGCAGAUGAAUGGUCUGAGAGGUGCCAUUGCAAAAAGAGAUGCAGAGAUACGUUAUUUACAUCAAAAAUUAAAUCUUUUUACCGAUGAAAAGAAGAUUGCUGAACCUGGAUAUGUAGUUAAAAAGGUCCGAAAAUCAAAGAGCAGAACUGGAAUUCCCUUAAGGGAAAUAAUCUUUGGAACCAAACCAAAGAAACACAGGACUUCUGUCUUUUCUUGCAUCCAAAGCCAUAAAUACGAGGCCAUGAAAGCUGGGAGUUCUUCAUAAAUCUUCUGUUUGUCCUUCUUCCUUCUGAAACUUUAACUUUAUCGGUAAUUCCUCUGGAGGAUAAAUGAAGACUUUGGGGAGACUCCUUCAUUUAAUUUUCUUUAUGAUUGGCACAGAAGUGAAACCAUAGUUAUCUCAUGAUGGUAUGGUAUAUAGAGAAAAUAAGUUAUUACUACUAUGUGAAAAAUUAAUGACCAAAAUAAGACGUAGAGAUUUUUAUGAGUCAAGAUUUCUGAAUCCUUGAAUCUCAUAAAAACUUGCACUUCCUAAAAACAUGUGACGCAUAAUGAAGUGAUAUACUCUCAGUAUUUUAAAGAAUGCUACUUUAUAUUUUGA